AUGCGGAUAUAUUCACACCGUACCAUCAAAAGUCUUAUGGAUAGACCAAGAUUUGCCCAGCGUAAGUAUGAAGGUAUGAAGCUUGAUAACAUAAGUUUGAAGUUAUAAAACUAGAAGGUCUAAAGCUUAACGUCAAAAGUUGAAUUUUAAAAAUCACAGUAAACUUUUUUUUUGA